AACCCCCAACUUCUCUAUCUUCCCUGUGUUCUCUCUAAUUUGUUCUGUCCUUCAAUCAAUCAGUCUCUCCAUUUAAGGGAAUUGAGAAUGAUGGAUUUUAAAGCCAGAUACAGCACCCACAAGAUCACCGGUUCCUCCUCCUCCACCACCACCACACAAAGUGAAGAGGAGAUGGGUGGCUUAAGAAGAGGUCCUUGGACUGCAGAAGAAGACUUCAACCUCAUCAAUUACAUUGCUACUCAUGGAGAGGGUCGCUGGAACUCCCUCGCUCGUUGUGCUGGCCUUAAACGAACCGGAAAGAGCUGCAGAUUAAGAUGGCUCAACUAUUUAAGACCUGACGUUCGACGUGGAAAUAUCACCCUCGAAGAACAGCUCAUGAUCCUCGAGCUUCAUUCACGAUGGGGCAAUCGAUGGUCCAAGAUCGCACAACACUUGCCAGGAAGAACCGACAAUGAAAUCAAGAACUACUGGAGAACCCGUGUCCAAAAGCACGCUAAGCAGCUUAAAUGUGACGUGAAUAGCAAGCAAUUCAAGGACACUAUGCGAUAUCUAUGGAUGCCUAGAUUAAUUGAGAGAAUUCAAGCAGCCAACACUACAGCCGCUAGCUCUACCACAGCUGCAUGUACCAUAGGUAGUGGCACCACCACAGAGGCCACUCAUCACCACCACCUAAACGACAACACCAACACCGACGUGGGCAGCGGGCAAUGGGUCGUGGCUCAUGUAGGGGUCUUCGGGGGUGAUUUUGGGGUUGCACAAGUUAUUCCUACUACUUACAAUACCCCAGAGACUUGGAACACCGCUGCCUCAUCGGAGUCUUUUGGGACGCAUAUUUGGCCUAAUGAUCAUUUCAGUCUCUCGGUUAAUCCUGAUAAUCUUCAACCGGAGCAAGUUGGCUACUCAGAGUCCAUGAUUAGUCCAUCUGGUUAUUUUAACCAGGUAUUGGAUUUCCAAGCCAUGGAGCAUGACAACAACCUAUGGGUGGAGGGUGGGUACACAUCCGACAAUUUGUGGAAAGUUGAGGAUAUGUGGUUCAACAUGUGAGAAAAUCCCAACAAAAAUAGACCCUUAAAUGUAGAGAUUUAGGAUUAAAAAGAGAAAAAAUCCAUGAUGUUGGAAGAAGAAUAUAAAAUAAUUGAAAAUGCAUGUACAACCUGUGAUAGGCAUAGAGGUUUAAUUGUGGAUUACUUCCUUGAUUUUAUAUUUCCUUCGUUUGCUGUUCUCCUUUAACUGGGGGAAUUGUAAUGUGUUUUCUUAAUCGGAUUCUUUAAUAUUCGACGCUGUAAGUAGCUCUUUUUGUUAAUUACCAUAUAGAUAGAUGA